CAGAGACGUCGGUCGGUCAUGCAAAAACAGUGUUGAAAACGGUAAAACAAUCGCGUUUGUGUGCAAAAACUCUACUUAUCGGUGUGAUUAGUGUACUCGUCCGUGUAAUUGUGAUAUUUUUGAUACCAUUUGUUUACCGUGAGGGGCGUAAUUUGGGUCAGCAGCAGGAAAAAAGAGAGGAUGUUCUUCGCCUCUUCUUAUUGUUGUUAUUGUUUUUGAUGCAUCGUAAAGAUCUCGUCAUCAUCAUUGAUCAUUAACCCUCGGACGGUGGUUCUGGCAGGAAAGUCACUUCCGAGGAAAAGUUUGAGCAAUUUGCGACGUGUUGAAAGUGCUAAUCAAUUUGUGGGCCGUUUCGUUGAUUCGCUUGAUUGAUUCUUUGUGCGUUACGAUCUCUCGAUUGUCACCUACGUGUCAGCUCGAGUUUCGUGAUUGUUUCGCGGGUCCCGUGUGAAAAUCCGCAGCGGCGGCAGCUUCCGCCCACCCGAAAGUUGCAAAAGUGCAUCAACUCAAUCAUAUACAAUGCAUGGCGUUAUCAUUGCUAGUUGAUAAACCCGUUCUCGCGCAAUUGCCGCCACCGUCUUAACAGUAAACUCAGCGAGCGUAACCCCGUGGAAGUAGUGUACCAGUACCUACUAUGGAAAAGUUUCCUUUGAAGGGAGCGAACAACCUGUCCACAUCAUCAACCGUGGUCGGCAGCCAUCCGCUGAGCGGAGAUCACCCCACGUAUCAGGCGGUCGGUAGAAAUAAGACGACUGGAUCGCCGAUUAAUGAGCGAGGCUUCAUAAAUACCACCUCGCUGUCGGUUGCGUCGGACGACGAAAUGAUCGACAUUACGCCAAAUAACGUAAGCAAUCCCAACUAUCAGUACCACUUGUCGUCGAACGGCAGUGGCGGAAGUGGCAGCCGGGAGGACGGAGUGGGCGCCAGCAGCAGUGUGGGUGGCAGCACCGGUUCGAUAGGAGGAGCAGCAGGACUUCACGCCGGUGGUGGUGGCAGCGAUAACGGUGGAGUGCGAACGACGCCCACGCAUCACGCGUCCAGAUUUGGGCGAGAUUUUCACUCGGAUCACGAAGAUUCUGUCGCCGUGUCCUUUUCCGGCCUUUUGGAAGGUAUCUCAUUCUCCGGGAUGACGGACACCAGCGACGACAUUCCCGGGAUCGGGCAGUACGAGGAUUUCCACACGAUCGACUGGCAGCGGGACAUUGCGCGGGACCGGAUGCGGCACCGGUACAUCGUGAAGAAGCGCCAGGACUCGCUGUGGGAUCUGAUCAAGGGGGCGCACGACGCGUCGUCGGGGUGGGUGUGCGUGCUGCUGGUGGGCCUGUUUACGGGGUGCGUGGCCGGUGUGAUCGACAUCGGUGCCAGCUGGAUGACGGAUCUGAAGUUUGGGAUCUGUCCGCAGGCGUUUUGGCUGAACCGGGAGCAGUGCUGCUGGUCGUCGAACGAGACGAGCUUCGUGAGUGGGAACUGCUCGCAGUGGUACACGUGGGCGGAGAUUCUGACCUCGUCGCGGGAGGGCGUUGGGGCGUACAUCAUAUCAUACUUUUUCUACAUCGCGUGGGCACUUUUGUUUGCCCUGCUGGCGGCCUCGCUGGUGCGGAUGUUUGCGCCCUACGCGUGCGGGUCCGGUAUUCCGGAGAUUAAAACCAUCCUGUCCGGGUUCAUCAUCCGGAGCUAUUUGGGCAAGUGGACGCUGAUCAUCAAGUCGGUGGGGUUGAUGUUGGCCGUGUCGACGGGGCUUAGUUUGGGCAAGGAAGGGCCGAUGGUGCACAUAGCGAGCUGUAUCGGCAACAUAUUGUCGUAUCUGUUUCCAAAGUACGGCCGGAACGAGGCCAAGAAGCGUGAGAUUAUCUCGGCUGCUGCUGCGGCGGGAGUUUCGGUUGCUUUCGGCGCACCAAUUGGUGGGGUGUUGUUCAGUUUGGAGGAGGUUUCGUACUACUUCCCGCUGAAGACGCUUUGGAGGUCGUUCUUCUGCGCGUUGAUUGCGGCGUUCAUCCUGCGAUCGAUCAAUCCGUUCGGAAACGAGCACUCGGUGCUGUUCUACGUGGAGUACAACAAGCCAUGGAUCUUCUUCGAGCUGGUUCCGUUCAUCGGGCUGGGCAUUAUGGGCGGCUGCAUCGCGACGCUCUUCAUCAAAGCGAACCUGUGGUGGUGCCGGUUCCGCAAGCACAGCAAACUGGGCCAGUACCCGGUGACGGAAGUGCUGGUCGUGACGUUCAUCACGGCCGUCAUCGCCUACCCGAACCACUACACGCGCAUGAACACCAGCGAGCUGAUCUAUCUGCUGUUUAGCCAGUGCGGAAUCUCCAACCGUGACUAUCUGUGCGACUACAACCGCAACUUUACGGACGUCAACUCGGCGAUCGAGAUUGCGGCGGCCGGCCCCGGCGUGUACAAAGCGAUCUGGCUGCUGACGCUGGCGCUGGCGAUGAAGCUGGUGAUGACGAUCUUCACGUUCGGCAUGAAGGUCCCCUGCGGGUUAUUUAUUCCGUCGCUGGCGCUCGGUGCCAUCAUGGGGCGGAUCGUGGGAAUUGGAAUGGAACAGCUGGCCUACCACUAUCCAAAGAUCUGGAUCUUCUCCGGGGAGUGUUCGACCGGGGACGACUGCAUCACGCCCGGGUUGUACGCGAUGGUCGGAGCGGCCGCCGUGCUGGGCGGUGUCACUCGAAUGACAGUGUCGCUGGUCGUCAUCAUGUUCGAGCUGACGGGGGGUGUGCGGUACAUCGUGCCCCUGAUGGCGGCUGCGAUGGCGUCCAAGUGGGUGGGCGAUGCCCUCGGCAGACAGGGCAUCUACGACGCGCACAUAGCGCUGAACGGAUAUCCGUUCUUGGACAGCAAGGACGAGUUCCAGCACACCACCCUGGCGGCGGAUGUGAUGCAGCCAAAGCGCAACGAGACGCUGUCCGUGAUAACGCAGGACUCGAUGACGGUGGACGACAUCGAAACGCUACUGAAAGAGACUGAGCACAACGGCUACCCGGUGGUCGUGUCCAAAGAGAACCAAUAUCUGGUCGGGUUCGUGCUGCGGAGGGAUCUGAACCUGGCGAUAGCCAACGCGCGUCGCCUGAUCGACGGCAUCGCGGGCCAGUCGCCGGUGAUAUUCACGUCGGCGCAACCCGUCCAAAACCUCGGCCCGUCGCCGCUCAAGCUGAAGAAGAUCCUCGACAUGGCGCCCAUCACCGUCACCGACCAGACGCCGAUGGAGACGGUCGUCGACAUGUUCCGGAAGCUGGGCCUGCGGCAAACCCUGGUCACGCACAACGGCCGGCUCCUGGGCGUGAUUACCAAAAAGGACGUGCUGCGACACGUCAAGCAAAUGGAUAACGAAGACCCGAACACGGUGCUGUUCAACUAGAACAAUUGUUGGCUUCCAGUUUUUUCAUCCCCCUUCUUCAUGAAAUGUUCCAUACUUAAAAAUUGAGCAAAAUACUUCUGCACCCAGGCAAUAACAAAGUUUUACACUCUGAUAUUGAAAAUAGUGUUUUUACAAACUUUGGAAGCGCAGCGAACAAGAGGAGAGAGUAUCAAUUAUAUUAUACAUUAUAUAUUUCUGUUAUAGAGAAUCAUACACAAGAAAAAAAUGAAUCACACCCUCAUUUAGCGACCUCCCUAAAUGGAAAAGAAUAUAAUUUAUUAGAGUUUAUUAAAAA